AUGGCGGGCGGCGCGGGCUGGGCGGGCGCCCCCGCCGCUCUGCUGCGCUCCGUGCGCCGCCUGCGCGAGGUGUUCGAGGUGUGCGGCCGCGACCCCGACGGCUUCCUGCGCGUGGAGCGCGUCGCGGCGCUCGGACUGCGCUUCGGCCAGGGCGAGGAGGUGGAAAAACUUGUAAAAUAUUUGGAUCCCAACGACCUGGGGAGAAUCAACUUCAAGGACUUUUGCCGUGGAGUGUUCGCCAUGAAAGGGUGCGAGGAGCUGCUCAAGGAUGUGCUGUCCGUGGAGCAUGCAGGGACCCCGCCUUGUGCUCCAGAGAUCCCCAACUGCAUGGAGCAGGGCAGCGACGUCUGUGGCUUGACCUUUGCUGAUGGCGAGCUCCUCCCUAGGGAGCCUGGCUUCUUUCCUGAUGAGGAGGAGGAGGCGAUGACACUGGUCCCACCUGAAGGCCCCCUGGAAUCAGACAUGGACAGCCCCAUGGAGAGCAGCCAGAGCCUGGAGGGUUGUGUCGGAAGUCCCUGUGAUGAGAAGGAGCACAGGUUGGGCAGCCUGUUCCUGCCAGAGGACAAAUCGCUGAUCCACACUCCAUCCAUGACCACAUCAGACCUCUCCACACACUCCACCGCCUCUCUCAUCAGCAACGAGGAGCAGUUUGAAGACUACGGGGAGGGGGAUGAUGUGGACUGUGCCCCCAGCAGCCCCUGUCCUGAUGAUGAGACAAGAACCAAUGUCUACUCAGAUCUGGGGUCUUCAGUGUCUUCCAGUGCGGGGCAGACCCCAAGGAAGAUGCGGCAUGCUUACAACAGUGAGCUGCUGGACGUGUACUGCUCUCAGUGCUGCAAGAAGAUCAACCUGUUGAAUGAUUUAGAGGCCCGGCUGAAAAAUCUAAAGGCCAACAGCCCCAAUCGGAAGAUCUCAAGCACAGCCUUUGGACGGCAGCUCAUGCACAACAGCAACCUCAGCAGCAGUAAUGGCAGCACCGAGGACCUGUUCCGGGACAGCAUCGACUCCUGUGACAAUGACAUCACGGAGAAGGUGAGCUUCCUGGAAAAGAAGGUGACAGAGCUGGAGAAUGACAGCCUGGCCAGCGGGGACCUGAAGAGCAAGCUGAAGCAGGAGAAUACGCAGCUGGUGCUCAGGGUGCACGAGCUGGAGGAGAUGGUGAAGGAUCAGGAGACCACGGCAGAGCAGACGCUGGAGGAGGAGGUCCGGCGACACCGGGAGGCCUACAGCAAGCUGGAGCGGGAGAAGAGCACGGAGCUGGAACUGCUCAACACCAGGGUGCAGCAGUUAGAAGAAGAAAAUGCUGACCUGAGAACCACAGUGACACGGCUCAAGUCUCAAACAGAGAAACUGGAUGAGGAGAGGCAGCGCAUGUCUGACAGGCUGGAGGACACGAGUCUUCGGCUCAAGGAUGAGAUGGAUCUGUACAAACGCAUGAUGGACAAACUGCGGCAGAACCGCCUUGAGUUCCAGAAGGAGCGGGAAGCCACACAGGAGCUCAUCGAAGACUUGCGGAAGGAGCUGGAACACCUACAGAUGUACAAGCUGGACUGCGAGAGGCCAGGCAGGGGUCGCAGUUCGUCAUCCGGCCUUGGCGAGUUCAACGCCAGAGCUCGUGAGGUAGAACUUGAGCAUGAGGUCAAGCGACUAAAGCAGGAGAAUCACAAGCUGCGGGAUCAGAACGAUGACUUGAAUGGGCAGAUCCUGAGUCUCAGCCUCUAUGAAGCAAAGAACCUCUUUGCCACCCAGACCAAAGCCCAGUCUCUAGCUGCAGAAAUUGACACAGCCUCUCGUGAUGAGCUAAUGGAAGCCCUAAAGGAGCAAGAGGAGAUCAACUUCCGACUGAGGCAGUACAUGGACAAGAUUAUCCUGGCCAUCCUGGACCAUAACCCCUCCAUCCUGGAGAUCAAACACUGAGCCAGGGCUGGCUGCAGAGCAGCCCCAGGGCCUGGGACCCAGGGGCAGGCCUACCUGAGGGUGAAGAUGGAUACCAAGCCCCAUGCUCAUGCUGUAAAUGUACCUCUGGCCACCCCGCCUGUGUGCUAUAUGCUGGUGUAUAUCUGAGAGACCAUGUGCAUGCAGGUGAGGGACGAGCUUGAGGCUGUGGCUGUGGGUGGCAGCCUCACGUGGGCUGCAUGUGCACUUGACAACCCUUGGUGAGGGGCGGGAGGGACUGCAAGUGGGAGGGGCACGAUCUGCCCUCAUGAACUACUGGAGUGACAAGGACUGAAAGUGUGCAUCUGGAUACCGGAUAAAAUGGUUCUGCCUCUAGAGUAAGGGUGGGAAAAGGCUCUCAGGAGAUGGGUUCGUCCUCCCCCACAGUGGGACCAGGGCUGUGCUCUUCUCCAGAGUUUGGCGCCCUCAUCAGCCUCACUGGCCAUCUUUCAAGCCCAGGUGUUUAAGCUUGGGGAGGAGGAAAACGUGGUGGUGGGGGAGCAGGGACAGCUGUGCAGCCCCCUGGGAUGCAGGUGAAUGGGGCCCAGCAGACUUAGUGGGCCUUCGGGCAGAUCCUUGGGGUUUUCAUGCCCUCUGCAUCACUACUCUCCCAACUGCCCUUUCCAGUUUGGCUUGGUUUUGUUUUGAAGCAAAUAUAAGCAGUAUUCACUUGUGGGUAAAAUGAAGGCCGUAAAGAAGGCUGGGAUAGGAGUGCCCAAGGCAGGUGUCAACAGUGGGUAUCAAAGAACUGACUUCUUGGUAAGGUCAUGGCUUCCUUGCCCCACAGACAGCUGGGAACUAUCACCAGCUUUGGCUCCGCACCACCAGAUGAGGGCAGCCUUUGAAAGGAUUUCUGAAUCCUCACUUGGGCUCCACUGAGGAGGUAGCCAGUCCCGUCAUCCCAGCUUUCAGACACACACCUGAAUCUGGUCCCUAGCCAGGGAGCAGACACUGUACUGGUCAGAGGUGCAUUAGAACAGUGCAGAGAAACUUCAGUCUUCCAUACUUUGGACACAUGGUGGGAAUUCACCCCAUGGAUUUUUUAAAUGUGAUCUUUUAUUCUAGUCAUUUGGAAGUAGAUACGGUACUUCCCUUCAUCUCAGUUUUAUAUGGUUCAUGACUCAUUCCCUUACCCCAAAUCUAUAAACACGUACGGUCUUACUCGUU